AUGCUCCGACAGCUUCUUCCCCAUACUCUCCGGAAGCCGUUCAGUCCUUCUAUCGCAAAUCCGAGUUAUGCCGGCGGCCGCGAGCACUACUACGAACCUCUUCCCCUCCGUUCUGGGACCCAGCCAUACCGUCCCCUGCUCUUCUCGCAGCGUCCUCGCGACAACAGGCCUGAGCCCAUCGAUCUCAGUCUAGUCCCCAACUUCGACGAAGGCGAAGGCUAUCUCACUUAUGUUUAUACAUCACCACCGGGUCCUAGCACUGCAGAGUUACAGGCAGAGAUCUACGCAGAGUUCGGCGCUCUGAUAGGAAACAGCAAGCAGCCUGGGGCGGAAGAUUUCCUCCAACAGAGGUUUCGCCUGCGUCAUGUCCCAAAGAUCGAGCGUCCUUCGGUUAAUAUCCUUGAACCUCCUUCUCGGGAAUCUUGGGCACCUCUAUCUUCAAGCUUUGAAAUGCUCCUGUCUGAGGGCGGCGCAUCACCAACCUCAGAAUAUCGUACUCCGGCGCGAAUUCGAAGAGUCUUUCCCAGAACUCUAGACAUUGAGUUGGCAAAUCAACUUGAAGGACCUCCCUAUGGAAGCAGCUCAUCAUCGACUCGGUCCGGUUCAGUGUCUUCAAGUGGCAGCGACAGUUCCGUUCUAUAUAUGCGUCCGCUAGAGCGCAUUCCCCUUCUCCCACACACUGCCAGAUCACCAAAGUUUGAUGCCGCAGGGCCAUUUGAUACGCUGCAACCUAUCACUCGACAUCCCUACAGAUGCAGUCCAUACUCGAAUGACCGUUACGAUUGUUCAACUGCAGAGGAGCACAGGCCAUGCGAGGAAGACACCGGGGAGACAUGGGGCGAUGCAUGCCUCGACUGCUUGUUCUUCGGAGUCUUGUUUGUGUUAUUCAUGUCCGCUAUCUUUGCCUAUGCUUGCGUCGUGCUUUUGUUCUUCCGCAACUGGUCACGGACAUAA